AUGGCAUUACGUCUGGGUGUGCUAGUGUCGGUAUGGCUUGCGGUGUUUGCGGCCAGACUGGCUGCGGCGGAAAAAAUCAAGACGGUUGCGACUCUGGACUACGGCACGUUUCAGGGGGCCUAUAGUGCUCAGUAUGGCAUAUCGUAUUGGCAAAAGAUCCCCUUCGCGGCGCCUCCUAUUGGCGAGAACAGAUUCCGAGCUCUGCAACCCCCUUUGCCAAUCACUAACGGGACAUACGAUUCUCUCCAACCUUUUGACAUGUGUCCACAACGGACGGUUAACGGCUCCGAAGACUGUUUGUAUUUAGGCCUGUAUGGCCGCCCCUGGAGUGAAGGACAGCCCCUUCGACCCGUGGUCGUGACGUUCUACGGUGGCGCGUUCAUCCAAGGGUCGGCGUACUUUACGAUCCCGCCUUCGGCUUAUCCUAUUCUCAAUGUGUCCGAGUCGAGUGACAUGAUGUUCGUCUAUCCGAAUUAUAGAGUCAAUGCAUUUGGCUUUCUGCCGGGCAGGGAGGUGGCGGAGGACCCCAAGUCGGAUGUAAAUGCUGGGUUGUUGGAUCAGCAGAUGGUUCUGAAAUGGACUCAAAAGUACAUCAAAGAGUUCGGCGGCGACCCGAAUCACGUCUCCAUCUGGGGACAAUCGGCAGGUGGUGGCAGUGUUGUUGCUCAAGUCAUAGCCCGGAAACACAACCCGCCCCUUUUCGAAAAAGCUCUAGCAUCGAGCCCCUUCUGGCCCAAGACGUACCGAAAUGAAGAUCCAGAGUCUCAAGCACGAUACGACAUGCUCGCCAGCUUAACCGACUGUACGGGCCCGGAUAGCUUGAAGUGUCUCAAAAGCCUCGACGUCCAGACCCUCCGCAAUGCUAGCCUAAUCGUCGGCAACUCGCAUACCUACAACACGACAAGUUACUCCUGGGGCCCUAUCAUCGACGGCGAAUUCCUCACCCAGCCAUUAUCCGCUGCCACCGCGGCGAACCAGAGCGACGGAAGUGGCGUCAACAUACAGCUCGCCUUCAGCAUGUACAACACCCACGAAGGCGAGAACUUCAUCCCGGCCGGCCUACGCAGCGCCACCAAUAGCGGCAGUCCGCCCUUCAACUCGUCAGCCGCCUCCUUCGAUGGCUGGCUCAGAGGGUACCUCCCCAAUUUCUCCGAGGCCGAUCUGGCUCAGUUGAAGGUGCUGUACCCGGAGAACGGCAGCUCCGAGGCGAUUGGGUCGUACAGCGACUCGUAUACCCGUACUGGGCUGGUGUACCGCGACAGCGUUCUUGCCUGUCCAGCGUAUUGGAUGGCGGGGGCUGGAGCUGCUCUGAAGGGGGGGUGGCUGGGGGAGUACACUAUCUCGCCAGCUACACAUGCUAGUGAUGUUUACUGGUGGAAUACCGUCAACUCAGCCCAACAGACUGACCCGCUGCAUUACCAGGGAUACGCAGGUGCAUUUGCGUCUUACUUCAUGACGGGCGACCCGAACGCUUUGAAAUUGACAGCGGAGAAUGUAACCGGCGUGCCUCCGUUGAAAAGCGGCCAGGAGUUCGUUGUUAACGCCCAGGGGUUCUCAACGGCGGACCUGACGCAAUUUAAGGAGCGGUGUGACUUCUGGAGGACACAUGCACCCAAGGUCCCGAUAUAG